AUGGCCAUGGAGGGAAAGGGAACGGCUAUCGAGCCGCUUACCACCUCAUUCGCGGGAAUGAUAAUUGGAGUCAGUGGUAAACUUCCCGGCAAAAGCCAUAGUCAAAUCAAAAAUGCUGUGGAGAAGCUUGGAGGGAGAUUCGAGACGCUCAGCAUCUCCCAAUGUACCCAUCUCAUCACCGCAAAAGAACAUCUCACAACUCAGAAGGCCCAGGAAGCCAUCGCCAAGACGGACUGCGAGCUCGUGUCAAUCGAGUGGUUUCUCAAGUCUCUUGAAACGGGCAAAGCGAUCGAUACCACAGAGUUCUUGCUCACUACUCCAAAGGAAAGCAAAAAGCGAAAAGCCAACGAGGACCCGGAGAAAAAUGAGGUCCGAUUCAAGAAGCUGAAGGAUGUUUUGCUGGAAGCUGAGGGAAGCACUGUUUGGAUCGAUGAUGAGGGUGUGAUUUUGGAUGCAACCCUUGUCAAGAACGUGUCACAGGAAACUCCUGGGGAAGACACGAACAUCUUCGAUGCCGUUGUUCAUCGCAUGCAGAUUAUUUUCAACGUCAAGACGCAGAUGUGUCACACUUGGGUUUGGGCCCCGACAUCAAAUCCAUUUCUCCCUAAUAGACAGUAUUCAAUGGGCAGCGGUGACUUGCAAUCAGCGCAAGAAAAUUUUGAGCGAACUUUCGAGCAACACACCGGUCUAUCUUGGUCCAGUCGCCACAACGAUCCGAUAAAGGACAGGUUCAUCUUUAUUCCGUGCUGUUAUGAGGAUGAAGCCAAAUUCAGUCCAGCGACGCUGUCGAAAGGCAUCGCACAGUUGACUCCCACGUUCCCUGGCUCGGUUAUCAAUGUACUGAGCAUGGUUUUCGGCCCAAACAACAAAGUCAAAAAUACCCUCGCCAGUUUGUCCAAAGGCCGGUUGAAGAUCAACAGCGAAUCCGUGGCUGAGCACACUAUCCGGGUUGGAUAUGCACUGCUGAACAGAAUUUGCGAACUCUCCAAGAAUUCGGCGGGAUAUCCAAGUCCUGUCCCAGACACAGCAAUCUCGCUCCUGAGUCGAUGCUACUUCGCCUUGAUGUUUGCCAAUAACCGCAAAAUACCAACCGACUCGUCGUGGGUUGAAAGAGAGCGCGAACUUCUUCAAUAUCUGGAGAACGUGAUGGCUCUUGAUUCCAUCGUGAAUUCGCCUCUUGAGAUUUCUGAGUGCAAUAUGCUCCAUCUAGUCCACCGAAGAUUGCAGCUGCCAGAAAUUGCCCCAUUGGACAAAAACUCCAAGGAAUACAAAACCUUGGCGCAAUAUUUCGAAGCGAUACCCCCACAUAAACAAGCGCAUUGGACUUAUCCGACCGGCAAGCUCAUCCAAAUUUUGAAACUCGACAAUCCUGGACAGGCCGAAAGGCUUAAGACCUGGACUGAACAAAACAAGUCCAUGUCCGGCCAGCGACGACUUCUUUGGCAUGGGUCACAUUCGGCCAAUUUCAUAGGGAUCCUGAGUCAAGGGCUUCGAGUCAAUGCGGACGGCCGUGACAUUAUUGGCAUACUUGGAAUGGGCAUAUACUUCAGCGACUUUGCGGGCAAGCACUCUGUUAUUGCCAUUGCCAGUCCGGAGAAGAAGCUCUGUUAG